GCGGAAAGACAUGGCGACGGCGCUGCGGCCCCGGCACCCGGCCCCGGUCACCUCGGCUGGAGCCUCUACCUUCACAGGCCCGGCGCUCGCUGGUCUCUAUAGCAACCCGCCGAGCUCCGGACGGCACACGACUGGGACCAAACUAGACCAUGCAGUGAACCGGGCCCCAGGACACCCCAGCCAUCCUGACACACCACUCAACAUCUACGAAGGAGGACUGGGGGCCCAGCAGCAGCAGUGUCCCAGUGCCCAAGGAAACAAGCCCAGGAACUUCCGGCUGCGUCAUCUCCGAAGUCUGGCUCUUUACUUGCCUGGCCACAUGCAGCCAGCUGGCCAGUGUCAGGGCCACUGGCUGGGCCUGCUCAUGGCUGGGAGCAGCCUGCCAAGGCCUGAAGGCUCAGCCUGGUCCCUGGACCUCCCACAGGGGACACUGGGCUCAGGUAACAGCCAUUGCUCAGCCUUUCUGGAAGCUCAAUUGCCCAGGAACAGCCUGGGAAAUACAGCUUCCAGUUCCAGCAUGGAGCCAGUGAAGGGUGACCCCUCCCAGUCUGGUCUCCCUGAAGGCUUGGGGCUCAGGUCAAAGAGGUCUUGGAGGGACCUGGAGGGGGCCAUGUGUCCUUUGUGCAAGAGAACCUGCUCUGGGACCUUGGAGAGGCCAUAAGGAUCCUGAAUGCCAGGGCUGGGAACAUAAGGAGGGGAAGAUGGCCGAGGAGGAGGAGGAGGAGGAGAAGGAGGAGGAGGCAGGUCCACAGAGGAAGGGCUCAGCCCCAGCAGCAGCCUUCUCCACUGAGGUGGCCUCCACAGCUACUGAGCACCAGGCCUGGGCUAGCCUGGGAAUUUACAAGGAGGGGGGAGGAGGAGAUCCCGUGGGAGGGACAGAAGACAUGAAAGAAUGCCCAUGCCCUUGCAGUCUGCCCAAACGCCAGUCGGCCACUUGUACCUGGGAGGCCAGGCCAAGCAGAGAAUCAGAUUCCUGAGAGGCCAGAGAGUCCUCAGGUCUAAUCUCAGUAAAAGCCAAGGCCUGCACGUCUUGUCCAUUUCUGUGUCCAUUAGGCCAGUGCAGUUAGAUAGGCCCUGCAUCUGUUCCAGGGAGCCUCCCACCCUUACUCCAGGGUACAUGGAGAGUCA